AUGGCCAGUCUCGCCCUCAGUAUCGAAUGCUACGUCGUCUUCAGGGUAGAUCCUCCCUUUCUGCUGCCGUGGCUAUCACCGUGGGAUGCGAGGAUCAGGCCUCGUGGGUUUGAUUUCGAAGAGAACUCGACAUCCAUAAAGGUAGUAGCGAUGGACAAAUUUGCUAGGGGUUUCGACGCUUCUAUCCUUGACCGCGAGUCCUCGCCUACGGAAAGGAUCAGGCCUAAGACUCCCACUCACAUAUCUCCACCAUCUAGCCCGACGCCUUCGAGACCUGGAGGGCCGCGACCGAUGAUGCCAGCGAAAUCGGAUAGUGUCCUGAGCGGCUCAACGCUUCAUGAUGGUCAUAGUGUUGACGGCGCAUCCGGAUCAGGUCAUACUCUCCCAAAGCCGCCAUUGGCGACUUACCAGAACAUUGAACCACAACGCAUAAUGCCAAAGGCUCCUGUCCCUCAGGCAUCAAAUCACAACUACUCCAAUUCUUCCGAGACCUUCACCAAUGUCCCACUAUCUCCCACCCCCUAUCUCGCGCAGACUCCCCAGCCUUGGAGUUCACAGCCGGCCCUGACACAAACACCAUCGACAAUGGCCAGCCCACAAGCACCGUGCCCCCCUCCUCCACAGGCUUCUAACAUGUCGUAUGCGGAAGCGCAACAGCAGCAACAGCAGCAGCAACAAGGCCAUUAUUACCAACAAUACCCGCAGCAUCCUCAUCAAUAUCAACCCUACAGCCCUCCGCAAUAUCAUUACGGCCCGCCUCCGCAAGUUCAGCACGUACCCGUCCAACAGCCACCUUACUACCAACAUCAAUACCAGUAUCACCCAAGUCAGUCAUCAACACAAUGGGCGUAUCCUCAGCAACCAACUGCCGUUUAUGGGACGCCAGGACCAGGGAAUGUCUCGCCCAUGCCGUCAACCCCAGAUUACCGGGAUGCAGACAGUGAACCGGUGUCGCCGUUAACCCGACAGAGCAGUGGGAUGAGCGCGCAAGUGAGGAGCAUGCCGGGAACGUUUCGGGACGGGAGUUAG